AGAUAUGUUGUGUUGAGUCAUAAUACACUGACAUCCAUGUGUUGUGUUAUUUAAUGAGGUGUUUGUGUCCAUAGACAUACUCCGUGUUGCCUUCAAGACUGCAUGAGUAGCUAAUGGCUAGCUUGUGCUUGUAAAGCAAAAUCGAUUACCUUGAGGCUGCAACUAACAAAUUGAAUUUGAUAACAAUAAAGCAGUUUGCUUCCAAAAGUGCUCACUGUACAGGUCAAAACAUUCCAGCAGAGUGAAACAAUGUUCUCGAGCAAAUGGUGACACAGCAGCAGUCGGUGUGGUGUGGAGAUUAACAGGGCUUUCAGGUCUGCCAAAAUGAGUUUUUUACGCAACCGCAUUGUCGUUCUGGGGAUUGUAUUACUGGCCACUCUACUGCUGUACCUGCUCCUGCCGUCCAUACGCCAGGGCAGCAUGGAACCAUCGCUAGAAGUCCAGAGGAUGGGGUUAGCAGGCACCCCCCCUGCAUCCCCUCCCAUCAACAUCACCAUCCGAACCCGACAGCUACCAGGAGACCCCCCUCUGUUCUUUAGAGAGGCCCUGCCUGUGGAUGCUGCUGGAAGGCAAAUCCUGCCUAAGCUUCAGAUAGUGCUCCUGCAUGGACAGGCCUUCACCUCAAAAACCUGGGAGGAACUGGGCACUUUGAGCCUCCUGGCGACCAAUGGGUACCAAGCCUUGGCAUUAGACCUUCCAGGGUUUGGCAACUCUCCAGACUCUGAGACCGUGAAGACGGACCAGAGCCGUGUGGAGCUGCUGCGCAUGUUUGUGGAGACGCUGGGCCUGCGAGCCGCCGUCCUCAUCAGCCCGUCCAUGAGCGGCCACUAUGCCGUGCCCUUCCUUAUGAAGCACAGCGACAAGCUCCGGGGCUUCGUGCCCAUCGCACCAGUGGGAACACGCACCUUCACCCCAUUACAGUACCAGGCUAUUCAGACGCCAACGCUGAUAGUGUUUGGAGAGCUGGACACCAACCUGGGCGCUCAGUCCCAUAAGAACCUCCUGCAGCUGCCCAACCACACGGUGGCCAAGCUGCAGGGAGCCAGGCACGCCUGCUACAUGGACAAGCCCCGCGACUUCCACUUGGCCUUGCUGGAUUUCCUCAACAAAUUGGACUGAGAUUAGGAGAAAAGCCAUAUUUAAUUGACGAGGAUAACAGGAGGGUGGGUGAGCAGGAGAGAGAGAGAGGGGGAAUGGAUAGAUUGAGGCUGUAUGUAUUGAUGUUGGGUACUCCUUGAGAGUACACUACCCCGUGUUGUAUGGGACUUAGUGUGUGUACAUAUAUGUAUGUGUAUUUAUGCUCUGUUGUUCCAUUCAAGAGCCACUCAGCCGUGGCUGCAGUCAUUCCAGGUGUGUUACAUAGACUAGACUCGACCCAUGUUGCAACGUUUUUGUUCUUUUUUUUUUUUUAAUUAAGAUAUUGCAAAUUUCAGAAUGCUGGAAUGUGAAGUUUAGAUUUUAAAACAGAAUAGCAUCCUCUUUGGUAUAAGGGGGAGUGUUACUUUAUUAUGUAAAGACUGUGAGAGAGGGAUACUGCUUUAUGCAGUGAUAAUGAUGACCAUGGUGCUCAACAGAGAUUGCACCGCCAUGAAGAAUGUAAGAGAAUUUGAUCUGUCAAGAGCAUGGUGACAUUUUUUGCAUUUGGAGUGCAGGAGUGUGGAAUGCUUGUGUGUAAGAAUUUAUUCCCCAGUAUUGAGAAUCGUGUAGGGCGAUUGCUAUUAUUUCUGUUACAGAUUUAAACAGAAGAUGAUGUUUACUGGCUUUUCAUUAUAUUAUGGGUCUGUGAACAAACAUCCCAAGUUUACUGCCUGGUUUAUUUAAGCUUUAUUUAUUGUUCAACAUAAACAAAGAGGGGAAGGCUUUGAAGGAGAGCAUUUUAAUUGUAUAAAUGCACUAAAUUCAUGGUUUUUGAAAAUUAAUUAAUGUACAAAUCUCAUAUUGCUGAAAAAAAUAACAGCCUGUUCAUUAAAUAAAUCCUUCUUAAUCCAA